AUGGCCCCUUCAAAGAAGGCUUCGACCAAGAAGGUCGAGAAGAAAACCACCACUACCACCCUCCCUCCUCAGUUGCUCGCCGCAGUUGCGUCCUUCCUCUCCAAGAAUGGCUUCUCUGCUACCAGCACUGCCUUUGCCGACGAGCUGAAGAAGAAUGGCAACGCCAAGGCCGAUGCUAAAAACGCCCCAUCUUUGGUCGAACUCUUCCAGACCUGGGACAAGACCUCCAGCGGCUCAAACAGCAGCUCCGAGAGUGACAGCAGCGACAGCGAUUCUAGCGACUCCGAUGUGAGCAUGGGAGAUGCUCCCAAGGCCCGCUCUGCAUCUCCGUCGUCUUCCUCUUCCUCUUCGAGCUCCGACAGUGACGCCGAUGAUGAGGAGGAAGAUACUGCGGCUCUCACUCCUGCCCCUUCUACCAAGAAGCCCGCCGGUGUUAAGCGCAAGGCCGAAUCUAGCAGCUCAUCUGAGUCCAGCUCGGACUCUGAAUCUGAGGAUGAGGCUCCCAAGACGAAGAAGGCUAAGGUCUCCAAGGCAGAGUCUUCGUCCGAGUCUAGCUCUGACUCCGACUCCGACUCCGAUUCUAGCUCAAGCAGCUCGUCCAGCUCCAGCUCGAGCUCCAGCUCUAGCUCCGAUUCUGACUCCUCUGACUCUUCUAACUCUUCCGAUUCAGAGGCAGAGGCCGCCAAGAAGGCCGACGCGAAGGUCCUGAAGAAGGCUGUCAAGACCCCGCUUCCCGAGUCUUCCAGCUCCAGCAGCUCCAGCUCUUCCUCCGAUAGUAGCUCUGACAGCUCUGAUGAUGAGAAGACUGGCGGUGUCCCCGUUUCCAGCAACUCCUCUUCCGAUACCAGUGCAACGAUGUCUGCCUCUCCCGCUGCCGAGAGCAAGCCUGUGAAGCAGGCCCAGAGUUCUUCUUCCAGCGCCAGCCCUGCGCCCGGAAAUGGAUCGACCAAAAAGAAGCACGUUGGCGCCCGCCCUACCCCUCUGGCCGCUCUGAGCCAGCAGCCGUAUGACGCCAUCUCCAACGAAUAUAUUCCUUACGCUUACGCAGAGCGUGCCUACGCCGACCUCUCGGUCACUCGCGGCAAGGGAUUCACCAAGGAGAAGAACAAGAAGAAGCGCGGCUCCUACCGUGGUGGCCCCAUCGAUAUCGCCGGUGGCAAGUCGUUCAAGUUCGACGAUUAA